GGGGCGGCGGCGCGCAUGCUCCGCGGGACCCUCCCCGGCGGUAGCGGCGGCGGCAGUGGGGGGGCGGCGAGGGGCGGUGGCGGCGGUGGCGGCGGCGGGGCGGCACCGGGAGGAUCUCGCCGCAUCUCCGGGCCCCCCGCCGCGCCGGGCCCGUACGGACGGCAGCGCGGAUCGAGGAGCGGCGCCCGGAGUGAACCCCGGGGCGAGUUGAGCAGGGCUGAGCAGGACACCCUCGCCGGGACCGGGACCGCCGUAGGUACGGGCACCUCCCUGGCCCUCUCGUCGCUGCUGUCGCUGCUGCUGUUCGCCGGGAUGCAGAUGUACAGCCGGCAGCUGGCCUCCACCGAGUGGCUGACGAUCCAGGGCGGGCUGCUGGGCUCCGCGCUCUUCGUCUGCUCCCUCACCGCCUUCAACAACCUGGAGAACCUCGUCUUCGGCAAGGGCUUCCAGGCCAAGAUAUUCCCCGAGAUCCUCACCUGCCUCUUGCUGGCUCUCUUUGCCUCUGGCCUCAUUCACCGAGUCUGUGUGACCACCUGCCUCAUCUUCUCCAUGGUUGGCCUCUACUACAUCAACAAGAUCUCCUCCACCCUCUACCAGUCCGCAGCGCCUGUCGCUGCUCCCACCAAGGCUGUUGGCAAGGGCAGAAAGAGGAAUUGACGUCCUGCUGCCCCUUCCCCUGGGCAGCCCCCUCCCCACUGAGCCAGACUGGGGGUCUCAAGCCACCCAAUAAAGCCAUUUCUUUGUAGCUUCUUGCCUGCAGC